UAGAGCGGCCCAGAGCCGGGCCGCGGGGUUCGGUUCCCUUCGGUUCGGUUCGGUCCGGUCCGGCCUGGCCCGUUCCCCCCCCCCCAUCCCCUCCCCAUCCCUUCCCGUCCCCUCCCCGCCAUGUGGUUCAUCUACGCGCUCAGCUGGCUGUCCCUGCUCAUCCAGGUGGCCUUCGUCACCCUGGCCAUCGCUGCUGGGCUGUACUACCUGGCAGAGCUGAUCGAGGAGUACACGGUUGUCACCAGGAGGAUCAUCAAGUACAUGAUCUGGGUCUCCUCAGCCAUCCUGGUGGGGCUCUACCUCUUUGAGCACUUCCCCGGGUUCAUGGUGGGCGUGGGGCUCUUCACCAACCUGGUUUACUUCGGGCUGCUGCAGACCUUCCCCUUCAUCAUCCUCACCUCCUCCAACUUCAUCCUCUCCUGCGUGCUGGUUGUCUUCAAUCACUACUUGGCCUUCCAGUACUUUGCAGAGGAGUAUUACCUGUUCUCUGAGGUCCUUGCCUACUUCACCUUCUGCCUCUGGCUCAUCCCCUUCGCCUUCUUCGUCUCCCUCUCAGCUGGAGAGAACGUUCUGCCCUCCACUGUGCAGCCUGGGGAUGAUGUGGUCUCCAACUAUUUCACCAAAGGGAAGAGAGGGAAACGCUCGGGGAUCCUCCUGAUCUUCUCCUUCAUCAAGGAAGCCAUCCUGCCCAGCAGGCAGAAGAUCUUCUGAGCCCACCUCACCCCACUGCAGACCUGAACUGUCUGGGGGGGCCCUGGCCUCCCCCCACCUCCUCCUCACCCCUCCAGCAGGGAUUUUCCUGGGUGCUGGCUGGAGGGACACAGACACACGGGGAGAGGCUGGUCCUGUCCUGCUGAUCCCCCCCAGGAGGAUCUGGGGCUCCAGCUGAGCUCUCCCCACCCCCCCAGGAGGAUCCAAACCCCCCUCCCCCCUGUGAUGCUGCCCCCCCUGCUCUGGGAUCCGGGUUUCCAGGCAGGAGUUUGGCACCUGGGUGUGGGGUGGCUGAGGGGGAAAUGGUUCCCUGGGGGUGGCAGCAGAGUCUGAGGUUUUCUGAGGUUUACACAGAGCCAUUAAUUAAA